AUGGCUUAUUACACAAAUCAUUUUGCUACAAUCUUUUUCUUGCUCUUUCUUUCCUCGUUUACUAUUAAUAAUACACCAUGCAAUGCAAAGUUAUCUUCUACAUACUACGACUCCACAUGUCCGAAUGCAUUACGUACAAUCAGGACCACAAUCCGGACAGCCAUUUCUCGUGAGCGUCGCAUGGCAGCUUCCCUCCUUCGACUCCAUUUCCAUGACUGCUUUGUUCAGGGUUGUGAUGCAUCUAUCUUGUUAGAUGAUAGUCCAUCAAUAGUAAGCGAAAAGAACGCAUUGCCAAACAAGGGUUCGGCUAGAGGUUAUGAAGUGAUAGAGGCUGCUAAGUCUAAAGUUGAGAAACUAUGUCCUGGAGUUGUAUCGUGUGCAGACAUACUAACCGUGGCUGCUCGUGAUGCAUCUGAAAUGGUUGGUGGUCCAUCGUGGUCGGUGAAGUUAGGAAGAAGAGAUUCAACCACAGCUAGCCUUGUUUUAGCAAAUACCGGCGCUUUACCUAGUUUUAAAGCUCCUCUAGAAUCACUUAUUUCAUCCUUCAAAGAUCAUGGACUUAGUGCAAGGGACAUGGUUGCAUUAUCAGGAGCUCAUACUAUUGGACAAGCGCAAUGCUCAUUAUUUCGCGACAGGAUAUACAACAACGGGUCAGAUAUACAUUCUGGAUUUGCUAGUAUGCGUAGACGUCGUUGUCCUAUAAACGAAGGGAACAACAAUCUGGCAGCAUUAGAUUUGGUGACACCGAAUUCAUUUGACAACAACUACUUCAAGAACUUGAUACAGAAAAAGGGUCUUCUUGAAUCGGAUCAAGUUCUUUUCAGUGGUGGAUCAACAGACAGCAUUGUGAAGGAAUAUAGUAAGAAUCCUUAUAAAUUCAAGUCGGAUUUCGCAGCUGCAAUGGUGAAGAUGAGUGAGAUCACGCCAUUACUUGGCGAUAAAGGAGUCAUUCGAAAGAUCUGUAGUGCUAUUCCAUAA